AUGUUCAUCUCCACAGGCUCACAAGCGGACAUAUGGUGGAACACCCUAACAGCAGCACAAUUGACCUCAUGGACGACCAUCAAAGUAGCAUUUCAAGCACAAUGGCCAGCUAUAGUGGUAGCUGCAAAAUCUACACUAGAUUAUCAGGAGGAGCUCCUCAUGCUGAGACUCAAGGAAGAUGAUGUAGGAGAACACAUCACAGUAGCAGGUGUCUCAACCUGGUCGCAUCUCCAUUACCACAGACAUCUACAAAAGUUAGUCCAAGACAUGGGCAUAGCUAAUGCACCAGUGUUCAUCCAUCAAGUCUGUGAAGUGCUUCCAUGUGUCAUACGAGACCUCACCUCACCAGCACCAGCUACAUGGACAGUAUUCUUAGAUGAUAUAAAGGAUGCAAAUAUUGAUGUCAUCCAAGACAAAGCUCGACAAGAGAAGGAGAAGAAAGAAGCGGAGAAAGUGCAGAAUUUGAGGAUAGCAAAGCUUGAGAAUAGGCAAAUGGACCCCAUUGAAAUCUUGCGUCUCCAGAUGCAGCACACAGUGAUCGGACCAAUCAAUACCUCAUCCCCACCCUCUAGCAACAUGAACACAGCAUUGAAUCAGAGUGCAAUGCAACAUCCCAGAGGUCAACCACCUACGCAGAAGAACAAGACACAAUGCGAGCUCAUGUUAAUGAGCUAA